CUUGUAUUUUAAACAUUAGACUUUAAUCGUUUGCUUUUUUUUCUGUUUUGAUUCUGGGUUUUAAUUAAAGUUGCAAGAUGAACCUUUCACUUUUCAGUUUUCAGUCAACAUUAUCAUGACACAGUUGAUCAUCAGUUUGUAUCAUAAAUCAUUUUAUCAACUAUAAUUCAUCUUAUUACUUUGUGCGUUUGUCAUUAGUCUUUCAUUUGAUUAACAUUUUUCCUCUCAUCAGAAACAGGAGGAAACAGAUUAGUCUUGUUAUAAAUGAUAAUUAAUAAACAUCAGUUGAAUAAAUUUUUGCUCCAUGUUUGCUGAACAUAAAAUUGAAUCCAUUUCAAAAUGAUUGAACCAAGGAGAGAUGGAAGAAAAUGAUUUGAUUUUGGGCAAAAAAUUGAAAUCUUUUUGCGCUCGCCUUUCUUGAUCGGAUGUUGAUCAAAUUGAAAUAACCAUGGCCAUAUAGAUGUUGUUGUUGAUGAAGAUAUUUUUGUUCAAGUUUAAGACUAAGUUCAGUUUGAUGAUGAAAAUCUGUGAAUACAGAUGAGUAGAGAUAGAAAAGAGCAGAUGAAAAAGAAGCUGCAAAAAGAUAGAAAUGAUGUUGAUGAGCUGAAUAGGAGGAGGAAAUAAAGGAGGAGUUAGGAACUUUGCCUUUUUGUGAUGACUCGUUGCCCAAAAACAAAGAUGAAUACUGUAAGGACUGAAAUUCCUAACUCCUCCUAUUCAGUUCAUCAUCAUCACCAUCUUCUGUAUUCGCGUUUUUCUUUCUCUCUCUCUUUUCCAUCUUCUUAUUUUUGAACUACAUCAAACGGAACUUAACGUAAAACCAUAACAAAAAUAUCACCAUCAACAUCUUCGCCAUCAUCAUCUUUUAUCCAUUUCCUUUCUUCGUUUGCUAUUUUGUUGUAUUUUUUCCUCCUUUCUAUAUGGUUAUUUCAUUUCAACAAUUUAUUCAACAUCACCAUCCAAUUUUGUCUCCUUAUUUUUGCCACUGAAUGUCCUUUGAAAAUGUUUACCGUCCUUCUUCUUGAUCUAUCCAUUGUUUCCAUUGUGACCAUUUACUGUGAUCGUCUAUUGUGACUGUCCAAUAUCCAUCCAUUGAAUAAUUAUUGCCUUUGAUUGUAAAUCAGUUGAAAGUUUAGUGAAUUAUUAUGCAAAUCAAAUUGUCUUCCAAUAAUAUGAGUGAUGAAAUGUCAACAGAGGAAUCAGUAAAUGUUUCAAAGUGCAACGAAUCUCAAUUGGUUACACUAACACCAAGCUCAUCAUCAACCUCUGCUUCUCCAUCAACAAAUGGAUCUUCAUCUUCUUCAUCCUCGUCCUCUUCUUCAUCAACAGCCUCCUCGUUAUCCUCACCAGCAAACGGAUCAAAUGUAAUUUCGUUGACAAUCUCUUCAGUUCCCAAGUCAACUGACAACAGGAAAUCAUCUAAUCAUUCGGAUCAACUGGCUUCUUCAAUUAAUGAUGCAGUGACCAAAGUUUUAAAAGGAUAUGAUUGGACUUUAGUGACAACCAAGAGUCGACCAACAACUUCAUCCAAGCUCAAGAUUCACGUUAAAAGGCCAAUGAAUGCUUUCAUGGUUUGGGCUCAGGCUGCAAGAAGAAAACUUUCAGAACAAUAUCCUCACCUUCAUAACGCUGAACUCAGUAAAACAUUGGGAAAACUUUGGAGCAGAGUUCUUGGGGAUGAUGAGAAGAAACCGUUUAUUGCUGAAGCUGAGAGAUUAAGGUUUAAACACAAGAAAGAUUUUCCUGACUAUAAGUAUCAACCAAGACGCCGAAAACCAGUUAAAUCCAAUGGUACAAAUGGUCAUAAUCGAGGUUCAUCAUCUUCAUCAGCUAACCAUGAUAGUUCAUCUGGUAAUAUAGCUUCAUCGUCUAUUGAUUCACCGGGAUCAAAUUCAUUGAGUAAUCAAACUCUGGCUGAAGAUGAUGAUAUAUCUAGAAGUCCUAUCUCACGUCCACCAAGUGAACCUUCAUCAAAUGGAUCAUCGUUUGGCACAGAUGCUCUUUCUCAUCACGCUCAAUCUGCUCAUUUAGCUAAUCAAAUUUCUCAUCAUCAUACUCAUCCACACUCUCACCUCCAUAGUUCCGUUCAUCAUCACAAUGAAGACUUACACAAUCAAGCUUCAAUGUUACGUGAAAAUGGUGACAUUGAUGAUAAUGAGAGCAAUAAUAUCAAUAUUAACCCGUUAUCGAUGUCUACAUUUGUUGGUAAUCCUUCAUUCUCAUCGCCAUCUUCUUCAUCGAUUGGAAUACCGUCUUCAUCCUCUUACCUGACAAACUAUUCAUUAUCACGUCCUUCAGGAUACAAUCAAAGUCCACCCACACCACCCACAACACCUCAACAACAAGGCCGAUACAGUGGUACUUAUGGAUUGAUUGGUAAAGAUCAAGCAGCUAACCAUGGUUAUGGUGAAAUUAUUUCUCGAUCAAGACUAAACAAUGGACAAGCUUCAUCACCAUCUACAUCGUUCCACCAUCAAACUUCAUCAGGUGGUCAUAGUGAACCUUUAUUAACAAUCGCAUCAUCCUCUUCGUCUAAUUUACUAGAAACAAACUGUUCAUCUUUAAUCAAUGGUAACAAUCAAAAUCAACAUCACAACUCACCAUCAUCUAAUAGCUAUCAUCGUCCUCAAUCAGUUUCUAACUCUGUGCUUGGGUCAUCAUCGUCUGGUUCAUCAAAUUUGAAUAACUCAGCUGAUUGUAACAAUGUUUUUGACACCAACUCUGGGUUGAACAAUGGAAACAACAAUAGCGAUUCUGAUAACAAUAAUGAAAAUGGUAAUAUCGAUUCAACAUCUUCAUCAUCCUCAGCAACAUCAACCGUAACAUCAGUUGCACCAUCAACUCAUCAUAUUGAAGCUUACAUGCAUCUUCUUGGACCACAUCCGCCAUCCUCGCCAUCUCACCAUGCUCAUCAUCCACAUCACCAUCAUCACACUUUUCACCCUCACACACAUCAUCAAAUUUCUGGACCUGGUUAUCCUCAUUUGAGUAGCACUGGUUGGAGUAGAUUUGUAUCUGAUUACCAUCACAAUUCAGUUUAUCCACCAACAAAUCUCCACUCUCAUCAUCAUGAAGGAAUGAAUUCCACAGGCAGUUCAAUGGGUGCAACAACUUCCACAUCGAGCCCUGUUAACAACUCUACACCUUAUAUUGAUGCAACCCUUUCUUCCCCUGAUCAUAAUAAUACAUCUUAUUGUGCAAAAGCUUCUGCACUAUCUUCAAGUAUUUUUGCUGGGAUGGCUGGAUGGCCUCAUCCUGAUCCUUUUACUGAUGGCUUAUCAAUAACAGGUAGAUCAUCAUCGUCCACUUCAUCAACUGGUCAACUUGACAUGUCUACAAAUGGAGCCUCAAACUAUGGAUCAAAUCAUCCAUCCUUGGGACACUUUUUACCCACUCCAAGAUAAUAUACAUAUCUUUAUUUAUAUUACUAUAUUCACAAUCCAUUGGCUCUACUUAUAAAAUUAAUAAUCGAAUCAUCAAUUGCCUUAAACUUCAUUCAUUUUCAUCUUUCACGUCCACUUUUUUAUUUAUAUACUUGUAUUGCAAUCUUGUUGUUCACCUUUCUCAGAUGCUAAUGACUUGAAACGAACAAAGUGACCUUUUUAUUGUUUCAUCUUUUCUUUCCUCAUUCAUUAAAAUUAAAUAUAAAACAAUUAGUGAUUUUA